AUGGCGACUGCCGGGAAGGUGAUCAAGUGCAAAGCGGCGGUGGCAUGGGAGGCCGGGAAGCCGCUGUCGAUCGAGGAGGUGGAGGUGGCGCCGCCGCAGGCCAUGGAGGUGCGCGUCAAGAUCCUCUACACCGCCCUUUGCCACACCGACGUCUACUUCUGGGAAGCCAAGGGUCAAACUCCGGUUUUCCCUAGGAUCUUGGGCCAUGAAGCUGGAGGCAUCGUCGAGAGCGUCGGAGAGGGCGUGACCGAGCUUGUGCCGGGUGACCAUGUCCUCCCAGUGUUCACCGGCGAGUGCAAGGACUGUGCCCACUGCAAGUCAGAGGAGAGCAACCUUUGUGAUCUCCUCAGGAUCAACGUGGAUCGUGGCGUGAUGAUCGGCGAUGGGCAGUCUCGCUUCACCAUCAACGGGAAGCCGAUUUUCCACUUCGUCGGGACCUCCACCUUCAGCGAGUACACCGUCAUCCAUGUUGGUUGCCUCGCGAAGAUCAACCCCGAGGCGCCCCUCGACAAAGUUUGUGUUCUCAGCUGUGGCAUCUCUACUGGACUUGGCGCCACGCUCAAUGUCGCAAAACCAAAGAAGGGUUCCACGGUGGCAAUUUUCGGUCUUGGAGCUGUAGGACUUGCUGCCAUGGAAGGGGCUAGGAUGGCUGGGGCAUCAAGGAUCAUUGGUGUGGAUUUGAACCCUGCAAAAUACGAACAAGCUAAGAAAUUUGGAUGCACAGACUUUGUGAACCCAAAGGACCACACUAAGCCCGUGCAAGAGGUGCUUGUCGAGAUGACCAAUGGUGGAGUCGACCGGGCGGUCGAGUGCACUGGCCACAUCGACGCCAUGAUCGCCGCCUUCGAAUGCGUCCAUGAUGGAUGGGGUGUGGCCGUGCUGGUGGGCGUGCCGCACAAGGAGGCAGUGUUCAAGACCUACCCAAUGAACUUCCUCAACGAGAGGACCCUCAAAGGCACCUUCUUCGGCAACUACAAGCCGCGCACCAACCUCCCGGAAGUGGUCGAGAUGUACAUGAGGAAGGAGCUGGAGCUGGAGAAGUUCAUCACACACAGCGUGCCCUUCUCGCAGAUCAACACGGCGUUCGACCUCAUGCUCAAGGGGGAGGGCCUGCGCUGCAUCAUGAGGAUGGACCAGUAG